GGACAGUUAAAAAGCGUGACACACUAACACAACAAAUCCUGCAGUUAGAUUUGAUCAGUUAAAUAAAACUCUCUAAUAAAUAUUAACUAAUCUGUAUGUUAGCUAGAUAGCUUUAGGUAACCGGUAUGCAUGUGCUAACUAGUUUAUCGUUCAAUAUACUGGGGUAUACUGGGCUAGUUGGGUGUCGGUGAGGCCUUAUAUUGUGACCAUUGUCAGUGGAUCUCUACUGACACGGUAGCAAAAGCUCCAGGGUCAAACCAGGGGCUCUUUGGACUAUUUGGUCCAUUUAAAUCUGGUUUUUCAAAAUAAGUUUAGGUCAAUUGAAAUGCCCCAACCUGAACGAGAGCCUCAUGCUCAUCCAAGAAGGCCAGGGAAUGCCAGAGUCCUCCACGUUGAUGGGGACAGUAUAAGGUUUCCUGGCCCUCUGAUGAGCAAUAAGAUGCAGUUGAAUGACCUGGUUGAUUUUAUCCAGAGGAAAUCUCAGGGGUGUCUCCAACAUGCGGAGGAACCUGAGCAAAAGGAGGCGUAUUUCUUUUGGAAGAUUAUGGAGCUACUUUGCAAUAAAAAUGGAGAUGUAAUGCUGGCUGAAGUUGCUGUGAUUCUCUUCAAGGGAUAUGGCUUGCUGAGGAAAAAGCUUGGGGUUAAGAACCAAGAUGGCUGGUGUCUUCCCCUGGCGCAGCUUUUAUGUGCCAAUGAACCAAAAUAUGAACACGUAAAAGGCGUGGUUAAAAUGGGAGAAAAGCUUGACUCCGAAGGACUGACGUAUGCCGCACACAUCUGCUACGUGAUCGCGCUGGAGGAGCUGAAAACACGUCAGAGAUCGAGCUUUGAACUAAUAGGAUGUGACAGUUUGCCAUUAGGUCAAUCAGCCAUGAAGGAUGCUAUUGAAAGAACCGAGGUGUACGAAUAUGUGUGCUCGCUCACCUCAGGCCUUGCCCAGCCUAACUUCCAGAUCUACAAGUGCUAUUAUGCCAGCAGUCUAGCUGAGUGUGGACAUUUUAAUCAAGCCGUUGAUUACUGCGAGUCCAUCGCUAGAGCAAUCGCCACCUUCCCUUUCAAAAUCACAAAGGCCACGUUGGAUCGGACUAUUACACUGUCUAAGAGAUUACACAGAGGCAAGGGAAAGGAACCCGAGUGGCUGCUAAAUCUUCGCCAGCUGCACACAUACAAAGUGUUUAAGCUUGAGGACUCAGAAUGUGGUCUUAUGACCAGUGAAAUGCUUGCUCUCAGAUUUCCUCUUCGGAAGCACCGUAUUUCUUCAGAGGAGGAGUUUGAUUCACGAUACACUCUGGGAAAGCUGCUGGGAGAAGUAGAGUUCGGAUCCAUCCGUGCAGGCGUACGUAAGGCGGAUGGCAAACAGGUAGACAUUAAACAAGUGGGCAAAAGUCGAUAUGAUGAAUUUAUCACCAUUCCCGGAGAGACACAGAGCUUCCCUUUGGAAGUGGCGUUGAUGAAAAUGGUAUCCAAACCAUUUGGCUGUGACAAUGUGCUGGAGCUGAUAGAGUGGUUUGAGAUGUCAGAUUGUUGCAUCUUGGUCCUGGAGCAUCCCGGCCACUGCCUUGGCCUUCAUGUAUUCUGCAAACUUCACAAAGGCCGACUGUCGGAACCACUGGCUCGGCAAAUCAUGCAUCAAGUGGUUCAGGCUGCUCGUCAUUGCUGUGACUGUGGUGUUUUUCAUGGUGACAUCAAGGCAGAGAAUCUUCUGAUCAAUACUGACACUCUGGAUGUCAAGUUGAAAGACUUUGGCUGUGGGGAUUUGCUCAAAGACACCCCCUAUACAAGAUAUGCAGGCACUUGGGCUUUCUGCCCUCCUGAAUGGAUAUGUGAGGGACAGUAUUUGGGCCGUCCUGCUAUAGUCUGGAGUCUGGGUGUACUCCUGUUUAACUUGGUGUGCAGAGACAUGUUAGAGGACAACAACGUUCAUCGGGACAUGCACUUGGCUCCCGAUUUGUCUGGAGAUUGCAGAGAUCUGAUCUGGUGGUGUCUGGAACAAGACCCUCACUCUAGGCCAACUUUCGAGGAAAUCCUCAACCACAAAUGGUUUACAAGACUUCAGAACAAAGUCAAGGAUAAACCAGGAAAAAGAGAACUGACCAAAUUAUAAUGAGCUAAGAAUAGUCUAGAUUAGAUGGUUUGUACUGGAUCAGUAUUGAGUUCUGUAGUGAAGAUUGCUGCAUACAUUUUGGGAUUAUUGUUUGUUUUUAUAUGUGAUUUAUUUAUAAGGGGGCAAAUGGUGCAUAGGCAUUUUACAGUGAUAGUAUGUUUUCUUAUAAGGGGGACAGGCACCGUAAGUGUGUACGAAGAUUCUGACUCUUCUUGAUUUAAUAAAUUUGUGAUUGAA